AAAUUACUCCACUUUGGCUUUUAAUCAGAAUUCCGAUGGCUGAACGUCAAAUCCUUUGUCCACUCGCGCACAUGAAGAGAAAGCCCAACAACUGCGGCGUAAGUGUGGUGGACUGUUAGUAUCGGUGGCCACCCAGCGCGCCCGCCUCCGCGAUGCUUUUGUCCAACGUGAGCAUCUGCUCGGGCUUCAACAGCGCCCUGCACGCCGGAGCCGGGGAAGGGCACCCGGACCUUGGGGGCGGCUCUCGGCGCUCCACCCUCACUCCGACGGGGAAUCUCGUCGUCGCCGUGUGCUUGGGCUUCAUCGGCACUUUUGGACUCGUGAACAACUUGCUGGUGCUGGUGCUCUACUGCCGCUACAAGAUCCUGCGCUCGCCCAUUAACUUGCUGCUGAUUAACAUUUCCGUCAGCGACUUGCUGGUGUGCCUGUUGGGGACGCCGUUCAGCUUCGCGGCCAGCACGCAGGGAAGGUGGCUCAUUGGAGCCAAGGGCUGCGUGUGGUACGGCUUCGCCAACUCGCUCUUUG